GAAAGGGAGUCAUUGUUAUGUGCAAACAUUUCCACCAGUCCACCCAGGUACUUUACAACAGCCAUUUCUCAUUGAACAAUCUAAUUUCUCAUGAAAUAAUAGCAAGGGUCUUUCUUUGUGAUUCAAAAUUACAUGCGAUGAAACGUAAUAUUUAAAAGUAAUUUUUCUUCUUUGCCAUGUCUGACAUGGGAAUUGAUAUUUUUUUGCAAUAAAAAAUAAAUGUUUAAAAUGAAUGUUGUUAAACUUGCAUGUUUAUACAUAUGAUAUCCUUUGUUCAGCAUUUGUCAGAAAGAUUUCUUAAUCAGCUUGGUCGUCAUAACUAUGUGACACCCACCUCUUAUCUAGAACUCAUCAAUACAUUUAAAAAUCUGCUGCAGAAUAACAGAGAGUAAGACAUACUGUUGUGACUUAAUCCAUUAUUUUAUUAUAUGUGUACUUGACAAAUAUUAAUUUUAAUAGACUGCAAGAGAUUUCACUUUAUAUAAAAACUGGAAGGAAAAAACUCUUGUAAAGAUAGCAUGAUUAAAAAACAUUAGCUAAAAGUUUAAAAGACUAGCCUACUACAAUGUGCUAUCUACUUUAUUUCUUUUUUUAACUUUUAUAAAAAAUAAAUAAUAUUAUCAUAUAAUAACAUAUGUUUUAAAAAUGGACUAGGUAAUUAAUCCUCUUCCUUACCACAGCAGCCACUUAAAAUUGUGGGUUUUAAAUUUUGUUUUUUCUUGUAGACUUUUGCCACUAAAUGCCAAAACUCAUAACUGUUAGAAAACAUUAAUUUAGACAUUCAAGUAUUUGUGCAAUAGAGUUUCUUAAAUGGAUGUGAUAGAAAAUGUUACCUUUAUAUUUUAAAAAAUGAAAUUAUCAGUCAGGUGAUGACUCAAAAAAUGAGAUACGUCAUUGGUCUUGAAAAAUUAGCUUCAGCCGCCAGCCAAGUUUCAGUCAUGCAGCAAGAACUGAC